AGAUGAGGUUGCUAUGGAAACUAGUAAUUCUGCUGCCACUCAUGAACUUUUGUGCAGGCGAAGGUGUCCUACAUGGCCCUGUCUUUGUGCGGGAGCCUUAUGACAUUACUUACUCUUUGAAUGGGAAGGAUUCCAAAGUUAUCUUCAACUGCACAGCUAAUGGAUACCCAUCACCAUAUUACAGGUGGAAGCAAAAUGGCACAGACAUCGAUUUUACCAUGAGUUAUCACUUCAGGUUGGUUGGAGGCAGCCUGGUCAUCAGUAACCCACAUAAAAAUCAGGACUUUGGAACAUACCAGUGUUUGGCUACAAAUUCGUUUGGAACAAUUCUUAGCCGGAAGGCGAAGCUUCGAUUUGCAUAUAUUGAAGAUUUUGAAACCAAAUCAAGAAAUGCUGUGUCUGUCCGAGAGGGACAAGGAGUAGUUCUUCUUUGUGGACCACCACCACACUUUGGAGAUCUAUCUUAUGCUUGGAUCUUCAAUGACAAUCCCUUGUAUGUUCAGGAGGAUAGCCGGCAGUUUGUAUCGCAAGCAACGGGCAACUUGUACAUCGCCAAAGUGGAGCCGUCAGAUGUGGGGAAUUACACCUGCCUUGUAACUAAUGCAGAAGCACAAAAAAAUGUGCAGGGUCCACCCACUCCAUUAAUGCUUCGCAAAGACGGUAUAAUGGGGGAGUACGAACCAAAGAUUGAAGUACGUUUUCCUGAAACAACUCAUGCCGCAAAAGGUUCAUCUGUAAAACUGGAAUGUUUUGCCCUUGGAAAUCCAAUCCCUGAUAUUAGUUGGAAGAGAGCUGAUGGAAACCUUCUGGCAACAAAAAUCAAGUUCAACAAAUCCAAAGGGGUCCUUGAAAUACCAAACUUUCAACAAGAAGAUGAAGGCAUUUAUGAAUGUGUUGCAGGAAACUCGAGAGGACAGAAUGUUGCAAAGGGUCAACUACUUUUCUAUGCUCUUCCAGAAUGGGAACAAAAACUCCAAGAUGCACAUAUAUCCAUCCAAGACAACAUGUUUUGGGAGUGUAAAGCAAAAGGAAAGCCAAGUCCUUCCUACACUUGGUUAAAAAAUGGUCAACCUCUUGAAUCAGAGGACAGAAUCCAAAUAGAAAAUGGGACACUUAAGAUAACUACACUGAAUAUGUCAGAUUCUGGUCUCUACCAAUGUAUUGCAGAAAAUAAAUAUCAUACCAUUUAUUCUAAUGCUGAAUUAAGAGUCAUAGCUUCUGCCCCCGAUUUUUCUAAAAAACCCGUACGGAAAAUAUCAGUUGUCCAAGUUGGCGGUGAUGUUACAAUUGCUUGCAAACCGGAUGCUUCACCCAAGGCAGUUAUUUCCUGGAAAAAGGGACCAGAAAUCCUGAGGCAAAGCAAACGAGUGUUUUUCCUUGAAGAUGGCAGUCUCAAGAUAUAUAAUGUUACCAAAUCAGAUGCAGGAACAUUCACUUGUAUAGCAACAAAUCAAUUUGGCAUUGCCAAGAACACUGGAACCCUGGUUGUAAAAGAGCGGACUGUAAUUACCAUUCCACCUUCCCAAAUGGAUGUGACAGUUGGAGAGAGUAUAGUCCUGCCGUGUCAGGCGUACCAUGAUCCCUCCGUUGAGGUUGUAUUCACAUGGUCAUUCAAUGGAGAUGUGAUAGAUUUCAAAAGAGGAGUGGAUCAUUUUGAAAGAAUCGGAGGAGAAUCUGUUGGGGAUUUGAUGAUCAGAAAUAUUCAGCUAGGUCAUUCCGGAAAAUAUGAGUGCAUGGUGCAAACAACUAUAGACGGCCUAUCUGCUACUGCCAAUGUCAUUGUUAGAGGCCCUCCUGGUCCACCAGACGAUGUCAGAGUAGAACACUUUUCGAAUACCACUUCUCAGCUUCGUUGGAGACCAGGGCUGGAUAACAACAGUCCUGUUCAGAUCUAUACUAUACAGACCAGGACACCUUUUUCCGUUGGUUGGCAGGCUGUUUCAACAGUUCCCGAAAUUCUCAAUGGAAAAACCUAUUCUGCAACAGUGGUGGGUUUAAAUCCUUGGGUUGAGUAUGAAUUCCGGGUGGUUGCUUCCAAUAGCGUUGGGAUUGGUGAACCAAGUCAACCUUCACAACUCUUGAGGACCAAAGCAUCAGUCCCAGUAGCGGUACCAACAAAUAUUAGCGGAGGUGGAGGAAGUCGUUCUGAACUCGUCAUCACAUGGGAGUCAAUUCCAGAAGAACUUCAAAAUGGAGAAGGAUUUGGAUAUAUCAUUAUGUUUCGGCCUCUUGGAUCAAUAACCUGGACCAAAGCCAUAGUAGAUUCAGUGGAAGCCUCAAAGUACAUGUACAGAAAUGAAAGCAUUACACCCCUCUCUCCCUAUGAAGUCAAAGUGGGGGUCUAUAAUAAUGAAGGAGAAGGGACAUUAAGCACAGCAUCCAUUGUCUACUCAGGAGAAGAUGAACCUCAGCUGGCUCCAGUUGGAGUAUCUGCACAGAGUUUUUCAGCAUCUGAAAUGGAGGUGUCUUGGGGUGCCAUUGCCUGGAGCAGACACACCGGACGGGUGCUAGGUUAUGAGGUCUUAUACUGGACAGAUGACUCAAAGGAAACAAUUGCUGGUAAAGUCAGGGUCAGUGGAAAUACAACUACCAAAAAUAUCACAGGACUUAAAGCAAAUACAGUAUAUUUUGCCACCGUGAGAGCUUAUAACACUGCUGGAACUGGACCCUCAAGUGCUCCAGUUAAUACCACUACUAAAAAGUCACCCCCCAGCCAACCCCCAGCAAAUAUUGCCUGGAAACUGACAAAUUCAAAAUUGUGCUUAAACUGGGAACAUGUCAAAACCAUGGAGAAUGAGUCAGAAGUGUUAGGCUACAAAAUUUUGUACAGGCAAAACAGGCAAAGCAAAACUCACGUUUUGGAAACAAAUAAUACAUCGGCUGAGCUCCUGGUGCCAUUUGAAGAAGAUUAUUUGAUAGAAAUAAAAACAGUCAGUGAUGGUGGGGAUGGCAGCAGUAGUGAGGAAAUUAGGAUCCCUAAAAUGUCAAGUUUAAGUUCCAGAGGAAUUCAAGCUUCAGAAAGAAGAGACAAUUUACUGCCUGUUUUUAUUGUGAUUUUGGAUAGUCUUGCUCUUUUCUCUGCUCUAUGAUAAGAGAAAUCAUGCAGUCUUGGACUUUGGAAAACAUAUUAUU